AUGUUGGUGCUACUGCAGGUGACGAAUAUGACAGCCCAGGCACACACAUUUUGCCAGUGUCCCCCCUACUUUGAUCUGGCACAAGAGGUCGAUCGAUCGUGGGCAGAAGGCUAUACCGGAAGACAUGUCGUAAUUGCUGUAACAGACGUUGGUGUGGACAUAGAUAGUCCUAAUCUCCGUCCAAAUAUUGCAUCCCAUUUGUCUUUCAACUUUGUUGAUAAUAACACGAACCUGAGACCUGAAAUAUUUCCUGAUUAUCCGGAAAGUUUACAUCUGACAAAUCAUGGAACUGCCUGUUCAGGUCUAAUUGCUGGUAUAAAAGAAAACGACAAUUGCAGUUUAUGCGGCGCCGGAGUGGCAUUCAAUUCAAAAGUGGCAGCUUUGAAAAUAGGUCAAGUCAAGAAGUUUCAUUGGGAAUAUAAUCCCGAGAUAUCACGUGGCCUGUAUUCUGCAGCACUAGGUUACAAAAACCAACAGAUUCACAUAUACUCAAACAGUUGGACCUUCGAUGAACCUUUUAAAACGUUGGAUCCAUUUACCGAAAGUGCUUUUGCAGAUGGUUUGGAAAAGGGUCGGCAAGGGCUUGGUUCUAUUUUCGUUUUUCCAUCCGGUCCCCAUGGAAACGGAUUUACAAACAAUAUUUACACGAUUGGAGUAGCUAGUUUUGGAAUAAAUGGAACCGUGCCUGGAAAAAGAUAUCUGACAGUGGCCCAUACUAACCGUGGAUCAGCCUCAAGAAAGUGUGACAACAAAUUUGGAGGAUCCUCUGCAGCAACUGCUGUGGUGUCUGGAAUGAUUGCAUUAGCUUUAGAGGCGAACCCUUCACUUUCUUUGCGUGAUAUAAAGCAUCUGCUCGUGGAGUCAGCUGGCUACAUCGGACUAGCGGCGACAUCCAAUUUUACAAAGAACUGUGCGGGAAAACACUUUCAUAAGGUGUUUGGAUUCGGUUAUGUACAAGUAAAGGAAAUGGUUCAUCAUGCUAAGCACUGGAAUUUAAAUCGACCACUUUUGGAUUUGACUUUUGUUUGGUUUGGUUUCCAGUGA